AUGGGCUCCACGAUCAGCGGCAUCACCAACUCCAACGAAUUGGCCCACGCCCGGGCGCGAGGACUUGCCUUCCGCGCGGGGCUUCACGGCCCUGGCACGUUGGACCGCUCCGCCCCGCCCGGGGCCGAUCCUCUGGAUGGGGAAACCGUAGCCUUUAGCAACAUGGCGGCGUUCUUUGCCUUUCUGAACAGGAACCCUCUCCGGGUUAUUUAUCGGUUAAAAGUUGUGAACGAUUGCCACGACGCCUUAAAGAUUCAACAGCUCCGACAUUUGACCUCAUGCACAAGUGCAAGAACGCCGAAGAGGCAAGUCCACAAGCACACAUCACGAUGCCUAACCAGUCCCGGCACCUGGCACGUGCACUACCUGCGACACAUUUCGACGACGUCCGUGCUUGGCGACGACUUUCGAGUCAUCAAGUGUCCGCAACUAGCCGAGUCCUUGAGUGAAGGCGACAUUCGGUGGAACAAAGCUGUUGGCGACACCGUUAAAGAAGAUGAAGUCAUCUGUGAAGUUGAGACAGACAAGACUUCAGUGCCGAUUCACGCUCCAGCUGCUGGAGUGGUUGCCGAGCUUCUCGUAGAGGACGGAGCAACAAUCCAGCCUGGCAAGGACAUCAUGAAGCUCAAAGUUGGACCUGGGGGCAGUGCACCAUCUGCAGCUGCUCCGCAAGCGGCGGCACCAGCAGCAGCGUCACCACCACCGGCAGCAGCCGCGGCGAGUGCCGGCGAAGUGCGGACCGUCAAGUGCCCGCAGUUGGCCGAGUCACUGAGCGAGGGAGACAUCCGCUGGAGCAAAGCUGUUGGUGACACUGUGGCCGAAGAUGAAGUGAUCUGCGAAGUAGAAACCGACAAGACCUCUGUGCCAAUCCACGCCCCAGCCAGCGGAGUCCUCCUGGAGAUCCUGGCACCCGACGGAACCACAGUGCAGCCUGGCAAGGACAUCUUCCGGCUGCAGGUUGGAGGAGCCGGUGGCGCACCCGCUGCGGCUCGACCAGCAGCAGCGCCAGCAGCUCCGGCACCAACGCCGGUCGCCAGCACGCCACCUCCAGCCACAUCAGCGGGACCAAUACCGACAGCGCCGCCUCCAACACCAGCAAUGCCCUCAGGACCAAUGGCCUCAGUUCCAGUGUCCAGCAUUCAGGUGCCGGGUCCCAGCACGCAGGCUGCCGAUGGGGCAGCCGCAGCACCGGCAGUCGGCGCAAGAACAGAGCAAAGGGUGAAGAUGAACCGUAUGCGGCAAAGGAUCGCACAACGUCUGAAGGACGCACAAAAUACAUACGCCAUGCUGACGACGUUCAACGAGGUUGACAUGACGAGUGUCAUUCAGAUGAGGAACAAGUACAAGGAUGUCUUUGCCAAGAAGCACGGCGUCAAGCUGGGCUUCAUGUCGCCAUUCGUCAAGGCUGCCGCAUUUGCCCUACAAGACCAGCCAAUUGUAAUGCAGGUAAUCAUCGACGAGCAAGAAAUUGUGUACCGUGACUACAUCGACAUCAGUGUGGCAGUUUCGACGCCAAAGGGCCUUGUCGUGCCCGUGGUUCGCAACUGCGAGCGCAUGAACUACGCCGACAUCGAGAAGGCCAUCUUUGAGCUGGGCGAGAAGGCGCGCACCGGCAGUCUGGCCAUCGAGGACAUGGACGGCGGCACCUUCACCAUCAGCAAUGGCGGCGUCUUCGGUUCCAUGUUCGGCACGCCCAUCAUCAACCCGCCCCAGUCGGCCAUCCUUGGCAUGCAUGCCAUCUUCGAGCGGCCCGUGGCCAUCAGUGGAAAGAUUGAGAUCCGGCCUAUGAUGUACAUCUGUCUGACCUACGACCACCGGCUGAUCGACGGCAGGGAAGCUGUCACGUUCCUCAAGAAGGUCAAGUCUGCCGUUGAGGACCCCGCUGUGCUUAUGUUGGACAUCUAGCACCGAAUCGAAGCCCCACAAUGCACCCAACGCAGAAUUGCUUGGAUAGAGUUGAAGGCGGGAGGCCUGGCACACCUGGUGGAUUGUACUUGAGAAGCGCUCUUCAAAGUCUCGGCGAUUUUUUAUUUAGGUUUUUACAACCGUUUUGAGAAAAGACGUAUGGAAGCUAGGCGUAGUAGUUCGAAAUGGGUGCGGCCGACUACAAGCGGCACGGCAGCCCUAGCAUUGUUGCCUUUCGUUUGUGUACAGGCUAGCAGCUUCUCUUCUCAAUUCCUUUUUUUUUCUUCCAUCUAGUAAGCAGAUAUCACCCUCGCUAACACAGCAAGCUACUACUUGCAAGGAAAUGUCGUCUUUUGUAUAAUUGUUUAUUGAUUGCUUUGACUAGAAUGUUUCGAAAGCAGUCUUUUUGAAGGAAAACUGGAGAAGGACUUUGUUUUUGUUUUUACCUUUUAUCACUCUUGCCAGUUUUGAGAUAAGAGGGCACGAUUCAUUAAACCAUGUUACAAAGCUUU